GUAACCGUUCAGUUACAAUUAUCCCAAUAUUAUUUUUAAUUUGUGCGUAUUGUUGAGGAAACUAUAGUGUUUGUUUGUUAAGUGUUUGGAAUAAAUAGAAUUGGUUAGAGUUAGACUAAAAUUGUAAACUGUAUUAGGUAGUAGAAAUAUGUUGUAAGCUAAAUGUUAAAUGUAAUUUGAAUAAACUAUGGCAAAAAUGGGUGGCGGGCGAAAAUCAACUGUGGCAGUAAAAGUAGGCAAACCGGUAGCAUAAUGGGUGGUGCUGCUACCAAGGAUAGGAAACAUGGAGUAACGAUUAAGGAACAAUGUGAAGGCAUGGACUGGAGGGCAUUUUAAGACUUGAGCUGAUCGCCAUGAUCACUUUCAAUUCGGCGUUCGUGUGAGACACAAGUGAGUUUUAUUUAAAAGUGGCUUUUUGUAAGAAGUUCAGUGAACGAGUAUAGUGCUUGAGUCCAGCCUAAGUUCAUUCAGGACCUUUUGAACUACCAUUUUGGUACUGUCACGGAAUCGCCCCUCACAGUCCACACGAUUCGGCCUAGAUCGGUUCACCGGUCUACGCCUAACAGUAAAAGACCAGGCUCUCUGGUCACACUCACCGACCGUGAGAGAGCUCCUCGGGCUAACAGCCCUUAUCACCAAAGAGGACCCUUCUCGGCGUGGCCAAUACGGUCUCGUCCGUGGCCCGUCGAUCGUGCCAAAGAAGGAAGACGCCGUAGCCAAGUCUAGGACACGAAAGUGGCCUAAAAUCCGUGGAUUCGUCAUUCCACUAAGCUAGCCCAACUCCAAGAUCCGCCAUUCCGAAACCUACCGGACCAUAAGGACCGACACCGUCAUCCGCCAUUGCCGUCAGCAGCCGUCAGCGAGCGCUCGCCAGCACACCGGUACGUACCCAACGAUUUUCAUCAACCACAACCCGCCAUAGCCCAAAUAAACCAAUUAGAACCAACAUAGUAACUUUCAAUAAAUUUGCCUUUAUAUCUCCAUACACACACACACUCUGUCAUAGUCCAAAGAAAUACCAUAGUUUCUGCACCCGUUGUUCCGCGUAGCCCCUCCGAAUUACCCAGUAGCAUGCCGACCCUGUAGACCCAGCUCUAGGGGUCUCAUGCUACUGAGCUAGUUAUCCGGGAGUCUUGGUUUAGCCACUGGGUCGAUUGAGCAGUUUGUAAGCCUCAGUUAGUCUCAAUUGGCGACCAACGUUAAAGUCGUGAACGGUAAUCGGAGGAUCGAUUAGUAUUUAAAAAAAAAUCUUGAGAUUUUUUUUAACUGGGCGACAGGUGAGUGUACAAUCAAUUACCUAGUUGAUUGUACAGUCCGACACUUGAAAACCGCUAAUCAUAGUGCGUGAGUUGGUGGAUUGAAGCGUGAAGACAUUGGUCACAUUCGGUUUCGGAAAAGUGCAGAAAAGAAGUAAAAGAGGCACGAGAGCAGUAAAAAUUUGAUUGAUUUCGGAGACUAAGACAAAUUUUGGAAUUGACACUGGGGGCUAAUCUAAAAGGACUUACACUAAUACAAUUACACUUUAACACCAAAGGUCCUGAAUGAACUAAAUUUCACAGUACAAGACAACACGAAAGAUAGCACGCUUUAUUGAAUUAUUUUUGAAUUUCUUCUUCAUCGUUUCUUAUUUUCUAGCUUAAGUUUUGAAUUUUAUUGAUUUUUCUUAUGAAUUUGAAUUUAUUAUCUAGUUUCUAAGUGUAUAUAUUUUGAAUUUUGAAUUUUAUUGAAGUUUUCUUGAAUUGCUGUACAUAAUCUGUUUGCUUUAAUCACGAUGGACUCUAAAUACGCCAACCAAUACCGUUCGAUGAACGUGAACCAUCUGCUUGAUGACGAGCUGGAAUACGAACUUGUACUUCGCAAAGUAGAAUAUUCUAGUGGUGAAUCUAGGGAUAUAAAACGUAGAAAAUUACGAGGUGCAAUGAAGGAGGAAAAAGAUUCAAACAGAUUCGUGUCGCGGAGUGUAAUAGUUGAGGCUCGUGAAUCGGAAUCGCGUCAAGUCGAGGAGAAAAUAGCAAUGAUUAGAGAUUCCCUAGAAAACAGGAAGGCUAAGAAAGCAGAAUUUCCACAGUUUGAAACGCGCCUGGUUCACUUGUACUUUCGGUUGCAACGGUUGAGGAAAGUGUUCAACACCGCCGGCUUAGAACAAAUAGUUCUCGGGCUGUUGAACGAGUAUUUUCCGCGGAGUAGUAGUAGCAAGGACCCAGAGGUUGUAGGAGAACCAUCUGCAAGGAACUUACCAAAACAGAGUUCUCAAGGGCCUAAUAGAGAUGAAAGCGAAGAAGAAGAAGAAGAUUCAAACCCGCGAACUGAGGAAGAAAGAGAGGUAAGCGAUGACGAGGUUUUCUCGGAAGAUCUUGAGUUUACCAUGCGAAAUGUGAGAAGUAGAAGGUCCAGCACACCCAAGAGCCGCGAAAACCAGGUCGUCAAUGCUGAUGAACUGGUGGAGCGGAUCAUGCAGCGGGUGGACCAAUUGAUUACAACCAAAUUAAGGGCGCUUAAUUUAGGAGCUAGAACAGAACCAUCUCGAGCUCAUGAGAAUGAGAAGAAACGGUCAAGCAGGCAGUUAGGGAAGAAGGAUAUGUCGCUACCAUUGAAGGCUGAAAAGAAAAGGCAACUGAACAUGACAGGUGAACAGAGAGGCGCGAAGAUAGUGGUCAAGAAAAGGAACGAAGAAGCCAACUCAGAUUCGUCUGACGUUUUAAGCGAAAAAGAAGCAGGAACCGAUCAAGACUCAGAGAUAGUAGAUACAGAUACAGAUAGGGAGGAAGUUGAGCGCAACCAGAGAUUGAAGCGAAGGCCUAGGCCAGUCUGUGACUGGAAGUUGAAAUACGACGGAAGGGACGACGGAAGAGGGUUGAACAAGUUCAUAUCAGAAGUGGAGUUCAUGGCUGAGGCGGAGAACAUUAGUAAGCGGACACUAUUCAGCGAGGCGAUCCACUUGUUUUCCGGCGAUGCGAGGUCCUGGUACAUAGAAGGAAGGAGGAAUCGCGAGUUUCGAAAUUGGACCGAGUUGGUUGCUGAGUUGAAGCUGGAAUAUCAACCGCCAGACAUGGACUACCACUAUGAACAGCAAGCAGCGGCUAGGAGACAGAAAAGAGGAGAGAAGUUUCAAGACUACUACAACGCCAUCAAGGAGAUUUUUGAGCAGAUGGCCGUCCCGCCGACGGAACAUAGGAAGUUUGAUAUCAUUUUCCGGAAUCUCCGUUCGGACUAUAAAAACUCCUUGUUAGUCAAAGGGGUCCGAACGUUGAGGAUGUUGAAAGUGUGGAGGCGUAAGCUGGACUCUGCAAACUGGUUUUUGUACCGCAAAUCAGAAGGUGAUCAGGGUACCAGAUCGUCGCAGAUCCACGAGAUCAGCAGGAGUCCAGUACAACGUAGACAGCAGCCACCGCGAAAUGACUGGAAGGAUACGGGGUUUAAGGGUAGAUCAGAGUGGCGAAAUCAAACUGCUGGUGCGUAUCAGGGUCCGAGGAACGAUAACCGAGGUCCCAGAAAACCAAUGCCGGAGCAACGUAAAACUGACCAACAAAAGUCGAACAAGAAACCGUCGGAUGUGGACCCUGGGGAAGGUUGCAGCAAAGAGCUUCUGCAAAAGAGAGUAGAUGCUUAUCGGAUUCCGGAGAGGACGGUUUGCUUCAACUGCCGGGGUAACUAUCAUCAUUCUAGCGCCUGCUUGAAGCCCAAGGAAAUUUUCUGUUCCACCUGUGGAUUUCAAGGUUUCAGGAAACCGGAUUGUCCGUUUUGUGCAAAAAACGAGAAGCAGUCGAUGUGAGGGGUCGUCGAU